AUGUUAAUUGAUAAAUUUCAUUCUGGAGCAAGUAACCCGAAACCUUCUGCAGAAAGCCCUACUGUUCAAGCUCGAGUUCUGCCCUUCCAGGCUGCAUGUGGUCUGAGUAAGAAGUCAAAGGAGCAGAUUGUGGACAUUGAUGCUGCAGAUGUGAACUAUGAAUUGGCAGUUUUGGAAUAUGUUGAAGACAUUUACAGCUUCUACAAACUAGCUGAGAGUGAGACAAGAGUUCAUGACUAAUUAUUCACAGCCUACCACAAGUUUGAGCUUAAUCCAGAAAAUCUUAACCUCACAAUCUACAUUGUUGAUCGCUACCUCGCUGUGGAGACUGCAUCAAGAAGGGAACUGCAGUUGGUGGGCAUUAGUUCCAUGCUUAUAGCCUCUAAAUAUGAAGAAACUUGGGCUCCCGAGCUCAAUGACUUCGUGUGCAUCUCGGACAAAACUUACAGUCACGAGCAAGUGUUAACUAUGGAGAAACAAAUUCACGAGCAACUGGAAUGGUAUCUAACAGUCCCAACACCUUAUGUGUUCCUCGUCCGUUCCAUCAAAGCUUCUUUACCUGAUUCAGAAGUCAAUGACUUCAUGUGCAUCUUGGACAAAACUUACAGUCACGAGGAAGUGUUAACUAUGGACAAACAAAUUCUCGGGCAACUGGUUGUCGUGGAUAAAAUUGUCGUGGUUGUGUGAAGUGAAGUUAGCCAUGUGGAAGCCUCAUUGUUUGCCGAUUAACCGACUAUUACACAAGGGGCCGAUGAAACUACCACAUUUAAAGACCUCAAACUAAACUUUGUCUUUCAAUUGCGUCGACCUUGGAAUAAAGAGCUUAUAAGUUUUGGGAACCUGAGAAUAUCAUGGACUACAAUUUUGUGAUUGGUCUACAUAUCUGCAAUUAUUGCAUCCUUCUGGUAACAAUUCUGGAAAUCUUUGUACAUCUAUGUUACAUUGCGUUAAACUGGUUGUUGUGGAUAAAGUAGCGGUGGUUGGUGAGGUGAAGUUAGCCAUGUGGAACCCUCAUUGUUUGCCGAUUAGCCGACUAUUGUAAGUGUUUGGUUAUUGUUUUCAGUACCGAAGCUCCUUGGUUACAAAGUUUUUUGGUGUACAUUGUGUUAAAUUGGUUGGAUGUCAAAGGUAUGUUUGAGAUCCCUUUAGCGCUACGACCUAUCUGCUUCCGAAGAAGAUCAUGUAUAUUUCCUUCUGCAGUUAUUUCUCUAGGAGUUCUUACAUUCUCUUAUUCAACAAACGGGUGUCUUAAUGGAUAUGUCAUAGAAUUGUUAAGUGCACACUAUUAAAGGAUAAUGUUUUGUUUUAUAAAUGGUAACCAGUUGGUCAUACUAUAACAAUGAGAAUGCUAGAGCUGUGUUGCUUAAAAAUAUAAAUUGCAGAAGAACUCAUAACAUGGAAAGACAAUAAUCUGCGUUAAUAAAUCAACUGGCAUUCCGUAAUAUGAUUUCAGGUGAAAUGCAUCAGUGAAGUGGCUCAGGGUAGCAAGAUAUUGGCCACACACACUGACUGUCCUGGUGUAAGCAUCUGCUUCUGAAUAUUUCAAUUUUAUUUGGUAGCCCUAUCGUACACAUUUGUUUCCCCCCUGGUGGUUUCUUGGUAACCAACAUAAAGCUGGUGGAAACUCUAGGCUACAAGCAGAUGAGUUGAUUCCGAUGGAUUCUACUGUGAGUGGAUAUGUCACUACUUCACUAUUCUCUAAAGCUGUUUGGGUUUCGAUUAAUCCAUUGCUUAGUACAGGAUACCAAUCCCCUUUAAAGUUAGAUGAAGUGCCUUUGCUUCCACCUGAUUUCCCAGCUGUAAGAACGUCAGAGUUUUUACAAAAAUAUUUCCCUGAGCCAGGUGAAAAUAUGAAGUAUCCUGUAUAAAUAACAUUGAUCUGAUGUUUCAGGAAAGAUGUAAUAAUUAGUUUCCUUGCAAUAGUGCAGUUGUCUGAUAUAUAUGUCGGAACAACUCUAAUCCGAAGUUUCAUUGCUACUGCUUCUGCGGAUAGAACAAAACUUUGAGCCCGAUUCAAAUUAUGACAUCUUUUCUACUCUACGUCCUUAUUUUUGACAUAUUCUGUGCUAUGUAAACUUACAAAUUGAAAAUAGCGGUAAAUAACAAUUUUAUUUUUUCUUAUGACAAGUGAAUCCGCAGCGCUGCACCACCCGCCCAGGUUAAAUUCCCACUGAUGUGUCGACUAAUUCUACAUCCAACCUUUUCGGCAAACAGGAAGAGUCUUCAUUUCUAUGCAAUAUUUACAAGAGCCAGUCAACGGUGUUCUGCAGAAGUUUUGUACCUUGGAAGUUACCAACCACUUCAAGAACCCAGGAUACAUGGAAGUUUUCUGAAGUGACCUUCAUUCCUCUGCAAUUUUUACAAGAGCCAUUCAACAGUGUUUUGCAGAAGAUUUAGUACCUUGAAAGUUACCAACCACCUGAAGAACCCAGGAUACAUGAGAAGUCUUCUGUGUGACAUCUUCUAUGCUCAGUAUUGAACAUAUUUCAAAGCGAGGAAAUCACAAGUUAUUGCAGUUGGUGGUUGCACCUCCUGGUUUGGGAAACUCGAGGUAAUUGCACCAUGAGUUCGUUUUGAAUGUGUCAACGAAAAAUGAACUUUGGCUAUAUAUACUAUUCUGCCGAUGCUGCGAUGAGUAUUUGACAAUGCCAACUGAAUCAAACGUCUUACCCUCCAGAAGUUGUGACGCUCCUCAAGUUCAGUUACUUGUCCAGACCAUAGUUAACAUAUAACUGACAGUUUCUUCUUUUGUUUCCUUUUCUCUACUCCUUUUUUGGACAUAAACGUAACAAAUGGUGGGUGGAACAUUAUUAGAAGUUUGUAGUGUGGUGUUUGAUUGGUUGGGUGUCAAUCGUCAUGUUCAGAUGAACCUAUUGACAACCUCUUGUUAAUUUAAAUUGGAGCCAAAAUAGUAACAGUGUUCUUGGAACAAAAAAGUACGAAAAGCUGAAAAAUAGGAUCAUUUAUCAUAUAAAGUUUCAAAUAUAUCAUAAA